GGCCCGGCCCCGUUGGUGACCCCGCCUGGAAGUCUCCUCAGGUGGAAAUACUAGAUUAAAAAAUAAUAAUAAUAUUGCUUUGAGGGCCUCCCUGGUGGCGCAAGGGGUUAAGACGCAAACUAUGAAGGUGUCCACAGCCACUGCAGCACGAGUUCGAUCCCCGACCAGGGAGCUUCCCACAUGGCGCAGCAGGUCUCUCCUGACUCCACAGCUGCUCCUCUCAGCAGUGCAUUUCAGUCAGUCUGCCUGUUCUGCUCCCCAUUCUGUCUCUGGCAGUUAUAUGGCACUAGCAAGAUGAAUAAAAAUAAACUGAUUCAUGAUUUCCUGGAAAUUGUUUCAAGAGGUGAUGUGGAACUGAUCUGUGAUCAAAUUACCAAAGUCCACUCCAUCCUCGGAAACCUUGAUUUUCAACACCCAAAGACUGGAAAUACACCCCUCAUUACUGCAGCAGAAGGAAACCUAACAGAGGUUGUUGAAUUUCUUCUGGAAAAGGGAGCAGAUAUUACCCUUUGCAAUUACAGCAAUCAAACUGCAGUCCAUGUCGCUAAUUGUGAUGUGCAAAGACAACUCUUGUCGAUCAAUGGAAUCCACGCUCCCCAAAGGCAGCUUCUACAAAGUUCAUGGCAAGGUGAUCUUGAACAACUUCAACACUUGCUGGCAUCUGAAGAGUUCCUGGAUAUAAAUUUCCCAAACCAACAUGGCUUAACCCCUCUGAUGCUGGCUGUGAGGGAUGUGGACCUCUUUGAGCAUAUUGAUAUGUUAACAGUUUACAGACCAGUGGAAGUUCUGUCUGAGCUCCUCAGGCAUCAUGCAGACCCUAAACUUUGUGAUUUUAGUGGAAAAUCAGCAAUACAUUAUGUGUCACAAAUAGAGAGUUUUAAGAAACAGGAGUUAUUGGACAUUCUAAUGAAUUCUAUGCCAAAACCAGAAAGACAUGCUGAAUCAUUGCUUGACAUUUGUCAUGAUACAAAUUCUUCUUCUACUGAUAUGAUGAUAGUUACUAAAAACCAAAAUAUAAUCUUGCAAAGCAUCAGCAGCAGUGAGGGUGCAUGCCCAAGAGUUCAGUUGCUGGAUCAUAUGGUAAAUGAUUUCGACCAAGAUGAUGAAUAUAGUCAUUCCAUAUUGAUUAGUGAAGGAGAUUCAAGUGGAGAUGGACAAGAUUGGCCACCCAGUACAGAAGGUGUUGAGAUUAUUGUUACUUUUCCAAGAGAUGUCACUGACCCCCAAGAAAUGAGUCAAGAAGAUUUAACGGAAAACAAUCAGAUAACAUCAGUACAUCAAGAAUGGACACAAGCACAUUCUGUUCCUGUUCCAAAUGAAAUUGAGAUGGUGGACUUCAGGACAAAGGUGCUGACCACAGACCCUUUACUUCUGAAGAAAGAGGAAAGAUCCCGGGAACUGUGUGAUAUGAACUUGGGCUUUUUGCUGCCAAGACCUUGCUUAGAACCAAACAUCUCCAAAUCUGCUGCCAGAGAAGAUGUUCCUCUUCUGAAAGGGCAGCAAAGAAAAUCUGAAGAGUUUUCUACCAAUGAUUUGAAGAAUAGUAGCCGAAGAAUUGAGUUUCCUCUGCCACGGUUGUCACUCUUGCCCAUUAGAUCUGGUCUGCUUACUAUCCCUCAGAGUCACAAGGAUCAAAAAGAGAGAGAAAGAACUAUUCCAAGAUUCAUAUCCUUCAUACCUAGGCUCUCAGAGCCUGUGAGUCGAUCUGAUGAAUUCAAAACAUCCAACAAGCAGCAAGAAGGCCACUUUAAGGUGUUCAUGGGUCAGACCCUCAGGUCCUCUGACAGCUUCAUUUGGUCCAGAAACAUGUGCUCUUUUUGGAAGGCUAACCAUCACAAACAACACCUGCGCAUGGAGGAGAAUCAGAAAUCCACAGAAACGGAAAGAUAUGAGAAAACUGAAAUUUCUCACUUUGAAAAAGAGCAGUCUCUGGUGUCCUUUGAGAAUUUUCAGGAAGAUGGUUUUCCUACAGACAGGGAAGUGGGUAUUGACUGUCAUGGUAGUGAAAUGAGAAUUGCAGAGGAGGACUCUCCUUAUCACUCACUGGGGAAAAAAGAGGGUUUAGCCAACAACCAUGAACAAGAUUCAGAAGUUUUAUGUACUGUGCCAAUCAAAUUCCAAGAAGUUUGGCAUUCAGAAGUAACUCCAAGCCAGGAGGAAGAGACUGGAAAUGAUAACACUGAUUCAAAAGGCACUUCAGCAAAUAAAGGUGAAGCAGUUGAGCCAAAUCAUAUUUUGGAAGAACAUACUGAACUUAAAAGUUUGUCCAAUAUAGUCCCUGAUGGUCCCAUUGAAAAGCUCCCAGGAGGUCAUAGUGGCAUGGAGACAAACAUGAAAAUAUCAGUAGCAGAGGCAACCAAACCAGGAAAGAAUGGGGUGGUGCCUCUUACCCACAUCACUUUCCCUGUGCAUGGAACUCCCAAGGAACCAGCUAUAGCCAAACCAAGCCUCCACAAAAGAAAGGGUGCCCUUCAUAACAACAAUAGCUGCAACAUACUUGCAUCCCAAGAAAAUGAUAGGCAUAAGAUGAAACCCCCUAGAAAUAAGCUGGAUUCAAAGAACAAGACCAGUAAUCGGACACCUCAGAAUUUCAUGAUUUCUACUGAAGGUCCCGUUAAGCCUACCAUACAUAAAACCAGCAUAAAAACUCAAGUUUUUCCUGCUUUAGGACUUGUUGACACCAGGCCUCGGCAGUCACCCAAGUUUCAAAGGAGAACACCACAGAUAGAAAAGAAGCAGUCAACUUACCAGGCUCUGAAACCUAAAAAGCAAUCAUUUCCUUGCAUCUGUAAAAAUCCGGGAAUAAAAAAAUCUUCUGUUCCUCUUUCUGAUCAACCAACAGAACCAAAACUAAAUUACCGAGAUCUUAAAUACAGUGACAUGUUCAAAGAAAUUAAUUCAACUGCCAAUGGACCUGGAAUCUAUGAAAUGUUUGGAACUCCUGUCUAUUGUCACAUGCGAGAGGCUGAACGACAUGAAAACAGGUUUUACCGAGAGAUAUGCUCGGCUCCGUCUGGCAGAUGUAGCACCAAUAAAUGUCGAUCUUCACACAGUGAAAGGAACAGCAACAGCAGAACAAGACUAUCUCAGAAAAGACCACAUAUUAAACCCCCAAAGACUUCCCUUGGCAUUAAAAAAAAACACAAAAGUUUAAUUCCUGAAGAAAAGGGUUGCAAGGCUAUAGGUAGCAACCUACAAGGUAUUGAAAAUGGUGAUGGUAUAUUGGAACCAGAGUGGCAGAUAAAAUCUUCAGGAAAUGACUUUCUAUCUUCCCAGGAUGAAGUUCAGCCCAUGAACUUGACUCAGACUCAUGAGCAGUCCAUUGAACAGAAAGAAUUCAUUCCUGUGUCAGAUUUGUCAGUUGUUGAAGAAGUCUCUAUGGAAGAGUCCCUUGAUGAAGGAGACAUUUCUAACAAUGAAAUACUCACCACAAGUCUCAGAAAUCUACAUGAACUUGAAGAGCUACAUCACCAGACCCUGUUGGUUUUUUCUGAAAACAGCUGGGCAGUGCCCAAUGAGAAGAGUUCCAAUAAUCAUGUACUUCAAGAAAAGCAGAAUAUAGCAUCUCUGGGUAAAAUAAAUGCCAAUCAAAUGUUAGUUAACGAUCUAGAGUUUGAUAGUAUUUCAGAUAAGUCUAAAACUCCUUUGAGUUCCUCUUUCCAAGAGAAACAAGAAAGUGCAUUUUCCCAAACAUAUCAACACUGGGCACAUUCUUGGGAUCAUGGUAGUUUAGCUGGUAAAUCAAUUACAUAUCAAAAAUUUGGAAAAGCUUUAAAUGAUACAAAUCCAAUUUCCCAAGAAAUUCUGGAUUCUGUGAAGAAUGAAGAAUUGACAGAUGAACUAUUAGGUUGCUUAGCUGCAGAACUAUUGGCUCUUGAUGAGAAAGAUAACAAUUCUUGCCAAACAAUGGCAAAUGAAACAGAUCCUGAAAACCUAAAUCUUGUCCUCAGUAGGACAGGAAACACCAGGCAAGAAAUGGAUAUAGAGUCAACAAAUGUCAAAAUACAGAGAUACAGUAAUGGGUUCAGGAUAUAUGACAAAGAAGAAAAAUUUCUCAACACAAAUGAAAAGAAGACAUUUUCUGAAAAUAGUUUAAAGUAUGAAAAACCUAUCAUGUGGACCAAGGGUGAGAUCCUUGGGAAGGGAGCCUACGGCACAGUAUAUUGUGGUCUUACUAGCCAAGGACAGCUAAUAGCUGUAAAACAGGUAGCUUUGGAUACCUCUGAAAAAUUAGCCACUGAAAAUGAAUACCGGAAACUGCAGGAAGAAGUAGAUUUGCUCAAAGCACUGAAACAUGUCAACAUUGUGGCCUAUUUGGGGACAUGCUUGGAAGAGAAUAUUGUAAGCAUUUUCAUGGAAUUUGUUCCUGGUGGCUCAAUCUCUAGUAUUAUAAACCGCUUUGGGCCAUUGCCUGAGAUGGUAUUCUGUAAAUAUACAAAACAAAUUCUUCAAGGUGUUGCUUAUCUCCAUGAGAAUUGUGUGGUACAUCGAGAUAUCAAAGGAAAUAAUGUCAUGCUCAUGCCAACUGGAAUAAUAAAGCUGAUCGACUUUGGCUGUGCCAAGCGUUUGGCUUGGGCUGGCUUAAAUGGGACCCACAGUGACAUGCUUAAGUCCAUGCAUGGGACUCCAUAUUGGAUGGCACCGGAAGUCAUCAAUGAAUCUGGUUAUGGAAGGAAGUCAGACAUCUGGAGCAUUGGCUGCACUGUGUUUGAGAUGGCCACAGGGAAGCCUCCACUGGCUUCUAUGGACAGGAUGGCGGCCAUGUUUUAUAUUGGAGCACACCGAGGGCUAAUGCCUCCUUUACCAGAACACUUUUCAGAAGAUGCAGCAGACUUUGUGCGUGUGUGUCUAACCAGAGAUCAGCACGAGCGACCUUCUGCUGUUCAGCUCCUGAAACACUCCUUCUUGAAGAGAAGCCACUGAAUAUACAUCGACUUUUCUGUCCAGUUCCAUAUAGAUACCCUGUUAUUGCUUCAUUGUGGGAAUGAUGGUUAAGGGACCUUUAUUUUCCUAUAGGAAAGUCAAUCUAAUCUAAUUUAACCGGAUCCUGCAGUGUCACUAACUGAAAUUUUUAGUUAUACAUUAGCCUUCUCAAACUUCAGACAUUUCAACUAAUGUAUAUGAGAAUAAAAUUCUUAACAAAAAAAACCUAUUUCAGUGUUUACAGUUUUAACUAUGCAAUCACUAUUGCUUUAUACAAUAUUUCAUUUUUGGCCUAUUCAUUACGUCAUUAGUUUAGAAUAAAUUGUAAAAACAUGAAAAUUGUUU